CGGCGCAGCGUCUGAAGAGAUAAUGUCGUCUGUUAAUUAAAAUAUUACAAUUCAAAAUAAAUAGAAAGUUAAACAUUGCCGAUGUGAGAAGCUUACAGAUGAUGAUUCGGAACGCGUUCCUAGAGAAGUGGAUGUUGAUAUUCUUUCCUUUACUGGCUGCGGAUGAACCGACAGUGCUGCUGCCGGUGGCGGAGCUGCGCGCCACGCGGGUCUCGGACGCCGGGGUUCAGCUGGAGUGGAGCCUGCCCGCCGCCAUGGCGCCCUACGUGCGCCAGUUCGAGGUGUGCGUGGUGGAGGCGGCGACUGGCAGCGGCGACUGCUACCUCACGGCCGCCUACUCGCUGGCGUGGGGCGCGCGCGACCCGCUGCUCGCCUGCACCGCCUACAACGUGUCCGUGUCGUGGCGCAGCGUCUCCCUGCGCGCCGCCGAGGCCGCCGAGAUCCGCGUCACCACGCUGCCGCAGAGCGUGACGGACUUGGCGGCCGACGAGGUGGGCCCCACGCUGUUCACGGCCACGUGGUCGCUGCCCGCGGCCAGCGCCGCCUGCGUCGCCGUGUACCAGGUGUACCUGUGCACGCCGGAGGGAAACUGCCUGCUGGCGGCGGGCGACGUGCCGCAGUCCGCCAACUCGCGCACCUUCGACGGCCUGCUGCCGUGCGCGCGCUACGUGGUGGUCGUCGAGGCGCAGGCCGAGGACGGCUCGCUGUCCGCCAACGCCAGUCUCGCCGUGCGGACCGCCACCCAGGACCCGGGGCCAGUGCAGCAGCUGCUGGCGUCGCAGAGCGGCGAGGACGCCGUGCUGGUGACGUGGCGGGCGCCGGAGCAGGCCUCGUGCGUCGCCGGCUACAGCGUGUGCGGGCCGGGCGCGCAGCGGUGCCUCGAGGUGCAGGGGGCCACCAGCGCCCAGCUCGCCGGCCUGCAGCCCUGCUCCGUCGUCAACGUGACCGUCUACCCGGCCGCCGCCGACGGCCAGCUGUUCGAGGCCGCGUCCGCCCUCGUCGACAUCGGCGUUCCUUCGAGCGUGAGGAACCUGAAGGUGGCCAGCAAGACAUCGGAGUCCGUGCGCGUCCAGUGGGACGAGCCGUCCCAGAACGCCAACUGCGCCAGAGGGUACUCCGUGUGCCACAAGGAGACCCUCUCCGAGACGGCGAGGACGUGUGACAACGUGACUGCCACGGAGUGCAGCAUCAGCGGUCUCCAGUCGGCGACGUCGUACGACGUGAGCGUGGCUGCGCUCGGCCACGACGGGGCCAGCCUCAAGUACAGCGUCGUCAGGGCCACGACGGACUGAAGGCGCAGCACCAUUCAAAGGCAGAAAGGAAUCGUGUAGCCUGACAAAAACCUACAUUUGGUUCACUUGUUGCUAGAGACCUGUAAAAUUCGCGGAUUCAUUUCGCGAUAGGAUAGGGUCCAAAUACUUUUGACAUUAUUUUGCUUCAGUUAUUGGGCCACAGUUUAUCUGAAGGACUCUGGACCAAUGAAAAAUCUUUAACAGAAUAAUUAGAGAAUCACGAUCAUUCCAGUCAAAAGGUGUUACGAGUCGGUAACCAAUCAGCAGAUGUAAUUUGCACGAGUGCAUAGAGGAUCAUGGAGUCUAUCUAUCCUUUAGGGAUUUGAAAUCGCGAAUUUUACAGGACUCUACUUAUUGCACUUCUUGUCGAGCUCUGCCAGUUGCGUACGAUUUUGUAAGGUUUUUUUUUUAUGUUGUACAUGUUAUGUAACCUACGUGUUGUCCUGUUAAAUAAAUUAACUACUUGUUA